AAUCGGACCAAUCAUUGGCCCACAUACAACAAGGGAGACUUCCACGGACGGCCGAACACGUCACCACCGCCCAAUGCCCACAACAAUAAAUAUUAACUCCCUACAAACCCAACACUAAAGGCACAAAAAACAGACUAUAAUUAAAAAACAAGAAAUUAACCCCUAAACAUCCCACAUUUCUUGCUAUUAUCUUAUCAUAUAUAACGGUGUUACGAUGGUGUCCCUCUCCCACCUCUACCCCUCCACCCACCACCACCACCACCAUGGGCGCCCAACUCGCCAAGCAAGUUGAGCGCCGAAAGUCCGUCGCCGCCGAGAAGUUGGCCCUCAUCGAGCUCUUCGAGGGCUCGGGUGAUCAAUUCCCCGGCUGCGACUACCGCCCCGCCGACCGCAAGACCUGGAUGUCGGCCCUUGGCCCUGCCAACCUACGCGUCCACCAGAUCGUCUGGCCCGGCACCCACGACUCCGCCACCGACAAGAUCGGCCUCCGCUUCAUCUCCCGCCCCUUCGCCCAGUGCCAGUCCUGCUCCGUCUACCGCCAGCUCGCCGGCGGUGCCCGCGUCCUCGACAUCCGCGUCCAGAAGGAUCACCGCGUCUGCCAUGGCAUCCUCCUCACCUACGGCGUCGACGUCGUGAUCCGCGACGUCAAGCGGUUCCUCUCCGAGACCGAGCACGAGAUCGUCGUCCUCGAGAUCCGGACCGAGUUCGGCCACGAGGACCCGCCGGACUUCGACAAGUACCUCGUCGAGCAGCUUGGCGAGCACCUGAUACCGCAGGACGCGGCCGUGUUCGAAAAGACCGUGGCCGAGCUGCUGCCCCGGCGGGUCAUUUGCGUGUGGAAGCCGCGGAAGUCGCCGGCGCCGAAGCCGGGGGACCCGCUGUGGAGCGGGGGAUUCCUGAAGGAUCACUGGAUCGAUACGGACCUGCCGAAGACCAAGUUCGAGAACAACCUGAAGCGCCUGGGCGAGCAGCAGCCGAAUGCGUCGAGGAAGUACUUCUACCGGGUGGAGAACACGGUGACGCCGCAACCGGACAACCCGGUGGUGUGCGUGAGACCGGUGACGGGGAGAAUCCAAGGCCACGCGAGGCUGUUCAUUGCGCAGGCCGUCGGGAGGGGGAUCGCCGAUCGGUUGCAGGUGUUCUCGACAGACUUCAUCAACGACGACUUCGUGGAUGCGUGCGUGGGGUUGACUCACGCAAGAAUAGAAGGGACGACAUAAAACCGAGUUCCUCUUUUUCUUUUUUUUUCUUUUUUUUCACCAUAAAAUGAGGUGUGUUUGAUGGUGUGGGGGAAUCUGUUUAUAAUAUAUUAUUAUAAUUAUAGAUAUUGUAAUCAAAUCGGUAUUGCUUUUUUA